ACGCAGACGUCGGAUCCCCCGUGGGGAGGAGGUCGAAGACUCCAUCCGCCAUGUUGGAUGCCGCAGAUUCGCCAUAACCUCUCGGGCUCUUUCCCUAAAAAAAUAAAAAAAUCAAGAGCCAAGUUUCCUCAGGGUGCCUGGCCUUCUCGCUUGGCGCGGGAGGGAGCCCAGGAAGAGCCCGAGGCUUUUUUUUUUCACCCCCCCCUCCGCCGAGGGGGCGUUGCCAUGGAGACGCAGGCGGCAGAAAAUACAGCCAUCUUCAUGUGUAAAUGCUGUAAUCUUUUCUCACCAAAUCAGUCAGAACUCCUGACCCAUGUUUCUGAGAAGCAUGGUGAAGAAGGGGUCAAUGUGGAUGAUGUCAUCAUUCCUCUCAGGCCUCUGAAUACUCCUGAAACCCCCAACCCAAACAAGACCGGAGAUGAGUUUUUGGUUAUGAAGAGGAAGCGAGGCAGGCCUAAGGGUUCCACGAAGAAGCCCAGCCCUGAAGAGGAGAUAGUCGAAAGCCUCGUGAGCCCCAGUGAGGACGGUCCCCUGGCUCCGGAGGAAGGGAGUGACCUGGCGCCCAGCAGCUUGGAGUGUAGCAAAUGCUGUCGGAAGUUCUCCAACACACGCCAGCUGCGCAAGCACAUCUGCAUCAUUGUGCUGAAUCUGGGUGAGGAGGAAGCAGAUGCAGGUAACGAGUCAGACCUUGAGCUAGAAAAGAAGUACAAAGAAGAUGAUCGAGAAAAGGCUGCAAAAAGACCACGGGCUCAGAAAACAGAGAAAGUCCAGAAGAUCUCAGGAAAGGAGGCAGGGCAGCUUUCUGGAGCCAAGAAGCCCAUCAUCAGCGUGGUCUUAACUGCUCAUGAAGCCAUUCCAGGUGCUACCAAGAUUAUUCCAGUGGAGGCUGGGCCCCCUGAAACAGGAGCAGCCCCUCCCGAGACCACUGCAGCAGACCUGGUGCCACGGAGAGGGUACCAAGAAUAUGCCAUUCAGCAGACCCCGUAUGAGCAGCCCAUGAAGUCAAGCAGGUUAGGUCCCACCCAGCUGAAGAUCUUCACAUGUGAGUACUGCAACAAGGUCUUUAAGUUCAAGCACUCACUGCAGGCGCACCUGAGGAUCCACACGAACGAGAAGCCAUACAAGUGCUCCCAGUGCAGCUAUGCCAGCGCCAUCAAGGCCAACCUCAACGUGCACCUGCGAAAGCACACGGGCGAGAAGUUCGCCUGCGACUACUGCUCCUUCACCUGCCUCAGCAAGGGCCACCUCAAGGUGCACAUUGAGCGCGUGCACAAGAAGAUCAAACAGCACUGCCGCUUCUGCAAGAAAAAGUACUCGGACGUCAAGAACCUCAUCAAGCACAUCCGGGACAUGCAUGACCCUCAGGACAAGAAGGUCAAGGAGGCCUUGGAUGAGCUCCGCCUGAUGACGAGGGAGGGCAAGCGGCAGCUGCUCUACGACUGCCACAUCUGUGAGCGCAAGUUCAAGAACGAGCUAGACCGGGACCGCCACAUGCUGGUCCAUGGCGACAAGUGGCCCUUUGCUUGUGAGCUCUGUGGCCAUGGGGCCACUAAGUAUCAGGCCUUGGAGCUGCAUGUCAGAAAGCACCCCUUUGUUUAUGUCUGUGCUAUAUGUCUCAAGAAGUUUGUCAGCUCCAUCAGGCUGCGCUCCCAUAUCCGAGAGGUGCAUGGGACAGCCCAGGAGACCCUGGUCUUCACCAGCUCCAUCAACCAGAGCUUCUGCCUCCUGGAGCCUGGUGGGGACAUCCAGCAAGAAGCCCUGGGGGACCAGCUGCAGCUGGCAGCUGAGGAAUUUGUGUGCCCGGAAAUAGAUGGGCACAAGGAGGAGACUUGUCCUGGGGAAGCUCAGCCUGAGGCAGGCGCAAGGGAGCUGGAGGCCCCUGGAGAAGCAACUGCCCCGGCUGUGCCCUUGACCACCUCCAAGACUGAAAGUCCUUCCCUAUCCCCCAGCAAACUAGGAACCACUGUGGUCUGCUCUGACCUCAACCCUCUUGGAGUGGUUUCCGAUGAUUUUUUACUGAAAAAUGAUACCUCCUCUGCUGAGGCUCAUGCUGCCGAGACAACCUUGGAUGUACAGCAUGGAGGCUCAGCCCAGACUCAGGGUGAAGAAGUCACACUGCUGCUGGCCAAGGCCAAAAGUGCCGAACCAGACCCAGAGACCCAGAGUGACCAGGGCCCUCCAGGGGGAGGGCAGAAUUCGGUCACUCUGCCAGCCAGUGAAUCUGACUCCAGCGGGUGUCUCAGGUCAAACCCAGUGGAGGCAGACCUCCUUCCUACAGCGGCUGAUGGAGGGGACCUUGGAAUGUGCCAGCCUGACUCUUGCAAACCCUCCUCUGAGCACCACCCUGGCAGCACAGCGUUCAUGAAGGUCCUAGACAGUCUCCAAAAGAAGCAGAUGAACAUCAGUCUAUGCGAGAGGAUCCGGAAGGUCUAUGGAGAACUGGAGUGUGAAUACUGUGGCAAACUUUUUUGGUACCAAGUGCAUUUUGACAUGCAUGUCCGCACCCACACCCGGGAACACCUGUAUUAUUGCUCUCAGUGUCACUAUUCCUCCAUCACCAAAAACUGCCUUAAACGCCAUGUCAUUCAGAAACACAGCAACAUCUUGCUGAAGUGCCCCACUGACGGCUGUGACUACUCGACUCCAGAUAAAUAUAAGCUACAGGCCCAUCUUAAAGUUCACACAGAGCUGGACAAAAGGAGUUAUUCUUGUCCUGUAUGUGAAAAAUCUUUUUCAGAAGACCGAUUGAUAAAGUCACAUAUCAAGACCAAUCAUCCCGAGGUCUCCAUGAACACCAUUUCUGAGGUUCUUGGGAGAAGGGUCCAGCUCAAAGGGCUAAUUGGAAAGCGAGCCAUGAAGUGUCCAUAUUGUGAUUUCUAUUUCAUGAAGAAUGGCUCAGACCUUCAGCGGCACAUCUGGGCUCAUGAGGGUGUGAAGCCCUUCAAAUGUUCUUUAUGUGAAUAUGCAACUCGUAGCAAGAGCAACCUCAAGGCUCAUAUGAAUCGCCACAGCACUGAGAAGACCCACCUCUGUGACAUGUGUGGCAAGAAAUUCAAAUCCAAAGGGACACUGAAAAGUCAUAAGCUCCUUCACACAUCUGACGGGAAACAGUUCAAGUGCACAGUGUGCGACUACACAGCAGCCCAGAAGCCACAGCUGCUGCGGCACAUGGAGCAGCAUGCCUCCUUCAAGCCUUUCCGCUGUGCCCAUUGUCAUUACUCAUGUAACAUCUCUGGAUCUCUGAAGCGACAUUACAACAGGAAGCAUCCCAACGAGGAGUACGCCAACGUGGGCAGCGGGGAGCUUGCAGCUGAAGCACUCAUCCAGCAAGGUGGCCUGAAGUGUCCUGUUUGCAGCUUUGUCUACGGCACCAAAUGGGAGUACAACAGGCACUUGAAGAACAAGCAUGGCUUGAAGGUAGUGGAGAUUGAUGGAGACCCCAAAUUGGAGCCGGCAACAGAGACUCCAGAGGAGCUCACCCAGUACCUCUACAUCACCGAAGCCGAAGAAGAUGUUCAGGGGACACAAGCCGCGGUGGCUGCCCUUCAGGACCUGAGAUACACCUCCGACAAUGGUGAUCGACUUGACCCCACAGCUGUGAACAUCCUACAGCAGAUCAUUGAGUUGGGUUCAGAGACCCACGAUGCCACCACUGCUGUGGCCUCAGUGGUUGCUAUGGCUCCUGGAACAGUAACUGUUGUGAAACAGGUCACCGAUGAGGAGCCCAGUUCCAACCACACUGUCAUGAUCCAGGAGACUCUGCAGCAGGCCUCCGUGGAGUUAGCCGAGCAACACCAUCUGGUGGUGUCCUCUGAUGACGUGGAGGGCAUUGAGACAGUGACCGUGUACACACAAGGCGGGGAGGCCUCAGAGUUCAUCGUGUAUGUACAAGAGGCUGUUCAGCCCAUGGAGGAGCAGGUUGGGGAGCAGCCGGCCCCAGAACUCUAGAGGACCCUCGUCUCCUUCAGCAGCCUUGGCUUUGUGGGCACUGGGGACCACCUAACCUUGCCUACUGGCCCAGAUGGUGUUCUCUACACUGUCCUUGUGUGAGCAAGGCCAGUGCAUCACCAGCAAUACAGAACCCCAAUCCUCAGCACAAAUCACACCCCUGUCCCAGCAUCCUCUGUUUCCGGAAGACUUUUACAUCAACUGUCCUGCCCUGGCCCUCCCUUGCUUCAGGAUCCAGAGACUCCCAUCCCCAUCAGCAUCUUCUUUGGUUACAGCCCCAGCCCUUUGCUCCCCAGCCUCACCCCAGGUGCUGCUCCUCCUCCUCUGGGCCCUCUGUGCUGUCUGUGAAAGAGAGACAGACACCACACAGCAAGUGGCCUUACGUAUUUGAAGUUAACCACUGGGUAGGGUGGGUAGGACCAUCCAAGUGCUCUCCACUGAGCCCCACCCCUCUCUCAGUGCAGGAGCGCUGGGAACAAAUGACUGACCCCCCACUCCUCUAUCACAAGGGCCCAGCUUGGAAUUCUGUAUGCUUUUAAAAUAAAUGCAUUUUCUCUCUUCACCUCUCAUUCAGGGAGGUGGGGGAAAUAAAAGCAUUUUGUGCCUAUUCCUCAUCCUCCUUAGGGGGUGGUUUACACUCCCUCUACCCAAGUCCCCUCUUCCCAGUGGAGCUGUGUACAGGGGUGCAGAGACAGGUGAACAGACAGUGGCACUUUCUGCUGGCAUCCUGGUACCCCUCACCUCACCCCGCAGGACCCUCUAGCACUUCAGCAGGAGGUCAAGCAAUGUCUUGUCACGGGGAGAUGAGAGAGUAGGUUGGCCUGGCCUCAGAGGAACAAAGGACCCUCUGUUGCAUGCGUUAGUUAGAAGCAGUAGCCUAUGAAAGGGCCGUAGGCCUUGCUGUGGGCUUAUGGUGGGAGAGCAGCUGGGCUGGCCCCUGUCAC